AUGCAAUUGAAUACCGAAACUAGAGACAGUAACCAAGAAAUUAAACGUUUAAAUACAAAAUUAGAAGAAAUAGACAGUUAUUAUAAGAAUAAAAUUGAUAAAUUAUGCACCGAAAUGAGUAAUUUGAAAAAAUAUGACAAGACAGUAAAUUUUGAAGAUAGAUCACGCAACAGAGAUAAAAGUCCAUAUUCAGGCAAAUCAAAUUAUAAAGGUUGGAACAAUUAUAGAGAAAAUAGUCCUUACCCUGAUAGGUAUAACAAUAAUAGAUACAGAGAUAAUAGUAAAGAUACAUACGAUAAUAAAGGAUACAGAGAGAACAGUAGAGAUAGGGAUAGGUCUUAUUCAAGAGAGAGGAAAAACUCUUACGACAGGUCUAAAAAUAGAAGCAAAGAUCGUGGAAAUAAUUCAAAUACCAAACAAUACAGUAGGGAAAACAGUAGAGAAAGAUACUCGAGAUCUAUAACGCCAGAGAAAUAUAAUAUAACAUGUUACAAAUGCAACAAAAAAGGACACUAUGCAAAUGACUGCCAUUUUUCAAAAAACGAAUAG